GUGAAGGAAGGAAAGGUUAAAAUUUCAUGUUUCGUCCACCUUUAAUUGGUAAAUUAAAGGAACGAUCUUAUAUCAAUUGACUUGAUAAAUACGUAAUAACAAUCCCAAUUGGACAAUACUACUAGUAACUACAAUGUCUGAAUCACCAAUUUAUGGUUCCGAUGAGGAAUCCCAAGAAAUUGAAAGAUUAGAAUCAACUUUACCCCCAUCAUUACAAAGAUCAGCUUCAUCAUUAUUUGAAACUUUACAUAGUUCAACUUCAAUUCAUCAUAGUUCAUCUCAACAUCUGGCUAAUUUAAUCACUUCUCCUCAACCAAAUCGUGAUAGUCAUCGUGAAAAUCAUUUCAAUUCAGUUUAUCUUAGUAGUAAUCAUCAUUCUAGAACUCCAAGUCAACAUCGUGGUGCUACUGCUGCUGCUCUUAAUGUCCCCACUUCCAUUAAUGCUCCUCAACCUCAACAUCCUGCCAAUAAACAAUUCAAAAACCUUUUAAUCUCCAAAUUAUCAAAAUCAGAAAAUGGUCGUGAAUCAUCUCCAAUCCCCAUGCCAAAACCAAAAUUCAAUGAAGAUUAUUUUAAACCUGCUAUGAAUACUAAACAAUCUUCUACUGGGGUAUUAUGGGUUACUGAAAGAGCUUCUGAAUAUGGAUAUGAUUCAGAACAUGUCGGUGAUUGGGCUAAUUUAGGUCAAGGUGCUCCGGAACAUGGUGAUACUAUUCCUGGUUCAUUCCCAAGACCAAAGACUAUUCCUGUUACUGAUGAAUCAAAAGAAUAUGCUCCAACUGCUGGUAUUAAACCGUUAAGAGAAGCUGUGGCCAAUUAUUAUAAUGAAACUUAUCGUCAAAAUAAAUCUUCCAAAUAUACUUAUAAAAAUGUUUGUAUUGUUCCUGGUGGAAGAGCAGGAUUAACUAGAAUUGCCUCGAUUAUUCUGGAUUGUUAUUUAAGUUUCUUUUUACCUGAUUAUACUGCUUAUGCUGAAAUGUUAUCCUUAUUUAAGAAUUUCUCCCCAAUCCCUGUCCCAUUAAAUGAAAGUGAUAAUUAUGAUAUUCAUUUAGAAAUGAUUAAACAAGAAUUAACUAGAGGGGUUAGUGCUCUUCUUACAUCUAAUCCAAGAAAUCCAACUGGAAGAUGUAUGAAACGUGAUCAAUUGAAACAAUUACAUGAUUUAUGUAGAGAGAAAUGUCUUUUAAUCAUGGAUGAAUUCUAUUCUCAUUAUUAUUAUGAUGAUAAUUGUUCUGGUUCAUCAAUUUCAUCAGCUGAAUAUAUUGAUAAUGUAAAUCAUGAUCCUGUUUUAAUUCUUAAUGGGUUAACUAAAGCUUUUAGAUUACCAGGAUGGAGAAUUUGUUGGAUUUUAGGUCCUGAAGAAUAUAUUAGUGCUUUAAGUAGUGCCGGAUCAUUCUUAGAUGGUGGAUCAAAUUCUCCUUUCCAAUUUGCGGCUGUUGAUUUCUUGAAGCCUUUAAGUGUAAAACAAGAAAUGAAAGCUUUACAAGUUCAUUUUAAAAUGAAACGUGAUUACAUUGUGGGUAGAUUAGUUAAAAUGGGAUUCAAUUUGAAUGAAAAAAAUAUCCCCAAUUCAACCUUCUAUUUAUGGUUAAAUUUAUCUCAUUUACCUCAUAAAUUAAGUAAUUGUUUAGGUUUCUUUCAUGAAUGUUUACAUGAAAAAGUGAUUGUGGUGCCUGGAUUUUUCUUCUUGAUUAAUCCUCAGAAUUUAUCAAGAUUAGAAGAUGUUAUUUGGUAUCAUUACGUUAGAAUCAGUUAUGGUCCUGAAUUACAUCAUUUAGAAAAGGGUAUGGAUGGGAUUGAAAAUAUCUUGUACAGAUUUGGUUGUCUUCCUUAUGAACUUAAAAAGUGAUCUUUUGUUUAUUUUCUUUUUUUAUACGACAUUUAUUUUAUUUCAGUUUAGUCUUAGUUUGUUUUCUUUAUACCUCCUCCUUCUUAUUUAUUAUCAAUACCAUUAAGUUAAGUUUAUAUGUCGAUGGAUGCAAAAUUUGCAUAUGUAAAUUAUUUC